ACGUACAUUGUAAUAACAAAGGUCACCUUAAACUACAACACACGAUCACGGGACGUUCGGGGAUCAGCCGGUAUUACUGUUAUACAAUGGAGGAACCAGACUGCACACAGAAGAAGAUAUUGAAAGACUACUCAAGAGAGAGCCGACCCGCUGUACCCCCACUGAAGUACAGCUACUACCAUGGGGUGUGUCCUACUCCUCUCAGCGGGAGGACGAUAGGACAGGUGUUAGAGAAGGCUGCGGAACAGGGACCCAAUCAUGUGAUAUUUAAAGUUCCUGACUACAAUCAAGAAAUAACGCUCGGUGAUCUCCUUGCUAGGUCACGUGCUGUAGCGAAAGGCUUCAUAGCGAUGGGGUUACAGAAGGGCGAUGUUGUCAUGACGACUGGAAUGGCAGACAUGGAAAGUGUGGUGUUGUUCUACGCAACUGUGUCCAUCGGACUGGUGUUUUAUCAGCCCUGUAUGCGGUACCCAUUGGAUAAGUAUCUACCGAAGGCACUGAAGGCCGACCCUUCAGUAUUGUUUCUUGGACCGGAAGUGUUGCAAGUAAUUAAGGAAGAACUCGAACAGAUGUGGAAGUCUUCUGGGACAGGGAGGUCGGAAACAUUAAAGGAUAUCAUCUACACAUCUAAACCCCUGGACAGUUUCAGUUCAUAUUCGGAAUUUCUGAAGCGAGGGGAAACCGUGUCAGAUGAAGCAUUAAAAGAAAUGUCAUCUCGUGUCAGUACUGAGGAUACGGCGUUUAUACUGACGACGUCUGGCUCCAGUGGUGAGGCUAAACUUGUUUGUCAGUCUCAUUGUUACGCUGUCAACUUAUCCAAGUUGACCAACACGCGGCGAAACCCUUAUAAAACUUGUGAUGUAUUAGGUGUGAGGAACCCGACUACAGACGAUGUCCAGUUCUAUCUCAGUAUCACACAGGCCGUGUACAAUUGGGAGGAAAGCGUUUUGAUUAUCAUAUCGUCUGAAAUAGAAUUCUACAAGGACGAUACUACAUGUCUACUAAAAUGUAUCCAGGAUCAUAAGAUGUCAUGGUACAGUGGAUACCCAUUUGAACUUGUACAGAUGUUGAGUUCACCAGAUCUACACAAAUAUGACAUUUCGUCACUACGUGGAGUGGUGGUCAGCUCCUACAUGAUAUCACCAGAAAACAAAAAGCGACUGCAGCAGACCUUCCCUGAUACAAAUACUGUAUACGGGUCAUCUGAAGCUAUGGUUUCCAUGACGUCAACAGUCCUUUCCUCAGAAUCACAGAAGAUGGAGAGCGUUGGAUAUCCGUUUCCGCACACAGAGGUGAAGAUUGUCGGUGACAACGAUGAGGUUUUACCAAUAGGUAAAGCAGGGGAGGUGUGCACACGAGGUUGGUUCUGCUUCAGCAAGUAUUUCAAGGAGCCCGAAAUGACGUUGAAAGUAAAAGGGAAUAACGGAUGGGUUCAUUUAGGUGACCUCGGUAUAAUGGACGCCACGGGCCAUAUAAAGCUGCUCGGUAGGAAGGAGGAAUGUGUAGUUUUUAAACACAUAGGCGACAAAGUGUACCCUUCUCUGAUCUUAGAUACGGCGAGCAAACACGAAGCUGUUAAAGAGGCAAAGGUGAUUGGGAUCCAAGACUCCCUUAUCGGCCAUGAAAUUUGUCUUUUCGUCGAGUUGAAUCCAAAUGCUGAACUCACAGAGAAGCAGCUUGAAGAAUACUUCAGCUCACAGCUGAUGUUCCUAGAGUGUCCCACCAAAUACUUCAUUCUACAUUCUUUGCCUCGGGUUGGAUCUAGAGGAAAGGUGCACAUUCAACGCCUAAAGGAGAUAGCCGUGGCCAGAUUGGAAGGCUGAAGAAAGGUGUUGUGUCGUUACUGGUCGCUUUAUUCACCUGUUAUUGAAGAGAAUAAGGAACUCGAAACCUGCGUUGUACAGUUGGACAGUCAACACCUACAAAAUUGUUAUGAUGGAAAACAAUAUCUUAACUCCGUUAUAUAUUAUUGUUUAAGAGGUCAAAUGGUUAACGCAUAGGGCAUAUGUAGCAGUGAUGUUCCUAGCUGCAGGACGACAAGAAGGCCUAUUCUUUCAAAAUAACAAUAAAAAUAAAAUAAAAUGUUGGUACCAACAAAAUGAGUCAAGAUAUUAAUAUACUUUAAUUUACUUGUGAUCCAAGUUGUUGGAUUGACACGAGUCAAAGUUUCCUUUGUAUGAAGCAUUCCAGUUAUACAUAAUUUGUGUCUAUCUUUGAUCAACCAGAAGGGAGACAACUCCGCGAAGAGUAUUUGAUCAAAGAAGAUGUAUACAAUUAAACGACACGGUGAGAUUAUAUACGAAAGGUACUUGAUUCUUACUUGUUUAAUAUCGACCCUGUACAGUAACUUUGGAUAUAACGAGCUCACGGAGAACUAGCCCGUGUUUCCUCUGGCCCUGACACCGUAUGUAGGGGCCCUAAUCCAGACAUGGUGUCAGAGCUAGAGGAAAAUCGGGCUAUAACAGGGAUCAUGAAAACGUAUUUGUUAUAUGCCCGUUACGCCAUGUGUAUUAAUCAACAAAUAUUCAUUUGUGAAAAAAAUAAUCUGGUGUGUAAAAUUUGUUAAUCACCUUAUAUUAUCAUACAUAGAAGAAAGACAAAUUCCAUGAUUCAACGUUGCCCCCCCCCCCCCCCCACACACACACACGUUUAGAAGUGUAUGUGCAUUAAAUAAUUACAUAACCGACAGUAGAAAACAGGUUGAUAAAUCAAUUUUGAUGUACCAUUUUAGGUGAUGUUCGUCUAGGAGCAAAUAUACAAGCUAAUGUUUAAGAUAUGUCUCUACAUUCGUGCAAAUAUUUUAUUUUGUUGUAUAUACAUACAUCAUAAAACGUAACCGAUAGAGAAAGAGGAUCGUAUUUAAAUAAUAAAUACAUAGAACAUAGGCGUCUUGAUAUAGUCGGAGCAGUCGCUGAUAUGUUUUCUAUAAAAAAACUAACCCGAUACAGACGCCUGUCCAUAGAGUCGGUUAUUUUGUAGUGGCCUCACUACAAUUCUGUUUCAAACAUUUUAAUGUCACAAUAGUUUCAUUAGCAGGUAUUCAUUGUUUUUGUAAAACAUUGGUUUCUCCUUUCCGCAGUUUUCCAUUUAUAUUCUAGGCUCUAUUGAAACUCCUCCUUCUUCUUCUUCUUCUUCUUCUUCUUCUUCUGCGAUAUUGUUAUAUUACCGUCAUUACAACAUGGUUACGCCGCCGUCAUUCUAUGUUUGAGACAGUGUUACCCGUAUCCGUCCUUCCGUCACGACCUGUCCCGUCCCGUCCCGUCCUGUCGUUUCCUGUCCCCUCCCGUCCGGAAUAAAUGGCGGAUCUUUAUAAACCUUCAACUCUUAUUCUGGUAGACAUUGGUCAAGGUUAAAGGGUCUUUUGAACAUGAGGUAUUGUUAUUGAAGAGGCGCGGAGGUAGUCAUGUUUCACAGAUAUUGAUUAAUCUUUAGUUACAUACAACAUACCAUUACUCACAGUUCCCGGGGUAGUAGUCCUGAUGUUGUCACCAUUCCAUUUGACAAGCACAUUAUCUUUACUUUUCGAUCCCCGCUAUUAUAAGUAUUUUAAAAUACAUUUCAAUACCUAUCAUUCAUGUUAUGUAAUGAUGUUCUCAGGUCAAGUAAAUACAAACAGUGUUUUUGUUAAUAAUGUGAUAUUAUCUCUGUAAGACUGUCAUAUAUGCAGUCUAUUCGCGUCUCUUCCAGGAAACCAGUACAGUAGUGUUUUGUCGAAAUGUUUUCGUUAAAUUUGAUUCAUUGAAUAACUCACACGGGGGUGUCAAAAAACCUUGACAGACUGGUUGAUUAGACGGUAAAAUAUAUAUCAGUGUAUUAUAUUCUAACAAGAAAUAAAUCGAUUGUGUCGA